AAUAGAGGCAGCUGGAAGGGAAGCAGAGUAACAUAAGUUCAGACAGCUCCACGAAAGACAGGUGGUUUCCUUGGGGAUGGAGCCUUCAUUAACGUGAUUUACUGAGGCCCCUGUCAUUCCUGGCUCUUAGUAAGGAUUUUCCAGAUAGGACAGCUGUGAUUACUCAGGCAGAGAAAGGUUACAGAUCAGGUUACCAACCCCCUCCUACUGACUUCAGGUAGUUUGAUAGGGUGAGGGCAGAUUAUCCCAUGGAGCAUGCACCCAGGGAGGAGGGGCAGCGGGAAAGAGAACGAACAGAAGGGCAAGAGAAUUGGCAGGAUCCGUCUCCUACCUCUUCCUAGGCCCACAGCCAGUGCCUUUGGAGUACUGAGGCGCACAGAGUCUCUUAGCCCGGCGCAGGGCGCGCAGCCUAGGCUGAGAUCCGCCGCUUCUGUGGAAGUGAGCAUGGCUGGGCAGCGGGUGCUGCUUCUAGUGGCCUUCCUUCUUUCUGGGGUCCUGCUCUCAGAGGCUGCCAAAAUCCUGACAAUAUCUACACUGGGUGAGUGCUUGGCCGGAGAAUUCCCAGACAGGCGCUUCCCGGAUCCCCGCACUGCCAGGGCUCCAGCGAACGGCGAUUGAACAGAGUUAUCCAGGCGAUUUUCCAGGCUGGGCUUGCGGACCUGGCUGGAGGAGGGAGAAGCACAUCUAGCCAUGGGGCAGAGAGGGGCCUCUAUUGCUGAGGUGGAAGCCAUUACCUACUGUUGGACCGGGUGUCUCAGAUUCUUCAAGAGCAUGGUCAUAAUGUGACUAUGCUUCAUCAGAGUGGAAAGUUUUUGAUCCCAGAUAUUAAAGAAGAGGAAAAAUCAUACCAAGUUAUCAGGUGGUUUUCACCUGAAGAUUAUCAAAAAAGAAUUAAGAAGCAUUUUGAUAGCUACAUAGAAACAGCAUUGGAUGGCAGAAAAGAAUUUGAAGUCUUUGUAAAGCUAAUGGAAAUAUUUGGGACUCAAUGUAGUUAUUUGCUAAGCAGAAAGGAUAUAAUGGAUUCCUUAAAGAAUGAGAACUUUGAUCUGGUAUUUGUUGAAGCAUUUGAUUUCUGUUCUUUCCUGAUUGCUGAGAAGCUUAUGAAACCAUUUGUGGCCAUUCUUCCCACCACAUUUGGCUCUUUGGAUUUUGGGCUACCAAGCCCCUUGUCUUAUGUUCCAGUAUUCCAUUCCUUGCUGACUGAUCACAUGGACUUCUGGGGCCGAGUGAAGAAUUUUCUGAUGUUCUUUAGUUUCUCCAGGAGCCAAUGGGACAUGCAGUCUACAUUUGACAACACCAUCAAGGAGCAUUUCCCAGAAGGCUCUAGGCCAGUUUUGUCUCAUCUUCUACUGAAAGCAGAGUUGUGGUUUGUUAACUCUGAUUUUGCCUUUGAUUUUGCCCGGCCCCUGCUUCCCAACACUGUUUAUAUUGGAGGCUUGAUGGAAAAACCUAUUAAACCAGUACCACAAAAUGGGCAACCAGCUCUCUUCACCACCCCCAGCUUAUUCUCCUCUGGAGUGUAUUCUGAACCACUGAGACUGCUUUGACCCUCAGAAUCUGGAGGAAAAACACCUCCUAGCCCUCGGAACAAAGGUUUGGCCAAAUUAUGAAGGACUGGCUUGGUCUCAGGAAGGAACCAUUCAUUGUGAUACCAUCUGGCAGCUGGACCUUUUCUGUAGACGUGAGGACAAAUGGCCUGAGGCCCCACAUGUGCAGGCUUUCUAUACCUUGCAGGGAAAUCUAGACCUUUGCUGACAGUGUAGGAUUGAUCCAGCCCUCCUGCUUGUCAUUUUAGAAGAGGCUGCAAAGGGCAAUUCCAGGGAACUAAAGAAACAAAUCCCAGAGGCACUCCCAGCAGAGAAGCCAGCUCCCUCCAGCUCUGCUCCUCUGGGUCCACCUCAACCUCUCUAUCCAGCUUCAGUCUCUCGCUUGCCUAAUCCUAGAAAUCCUCACCCUAGACCAGCCCCAGUCUCACUCCUGCCCUUCCAACAGAUGCCAGGUGAAUUUGGCCCCAGUAAGGUGCAGGUCUCCUUCCUCCUACAGGACUUAAAGUAUAUUAAGGGGGAUUUUUGGCAAGUUUUCACAUGACCCUGACAGAAAUAUAGAGGCUUUCCAGAAUUUAACCCAGGUAUUUGAACUCUCUUGAAGAGACAUUGUGUUACUUUUGAAUCAGAUCCUGAUGAACACUGAGAAGCAGGCUGCUCUGCAAGUAGCAGAGAGAGAUUUGGGGAUGAGGUUUGUUUCACAUACAGUGUCAGGAAAGGGGGCAAACUUUAUCCAACUGGAAGAGAAGCAGUACCAGUAAAUGACCCUGGAUGGGAUCCCAGUGAUGAAAUGGGAGACUGGAAGAGGAGACACUUUCAGGUAUGCAUCAUGGAGGGAUUACGCAAGACUAAGACCAAGCCUCUCGAUUAUAGCAAGCUAUCUAUGAUAGACCAGGGAUUUAAUGAAAAUCCCACUACCUUCUUGGAGAGGCUAAGAGGGGCCUUGGUAAAGCACACCUCCCUAUCUUCUGAUUCAGUCAAGGGACAACUAAUUCUGAAGAAUAAAUUUAUUACUCAGGCAGCCCCUGAUAUCAGGAGGAAGUUGCAGAAAUGGGCCCUGGGACCAGGUAAUACUUUAGAAGUCUAACCGAAAGUGGCCAUCUUGGCCUUUUGCAAUAGAGAUAGGGGGACACAAGAAAGAGGCAGAAGCAUUAAUGGCCACGAUGCAAUCCCACAAACCCCAGAAUUCCUAGGGUACACUUGUUAAUUGCUACAGAUGUGGCAAGAACUGUUAUCUCUCUUCUAAAGUUGAACCGCUUCUAUACAAGGUUUAAUUUCUUUCACCAGGGUGAAACAGCUCAAAGCAGAAUGUUUUUAGUAUUUUCACUUGUUAUUUCUGUGAUCUUUGGCACUAGAUUAUUUUCUUUUAUAAUACACGUUUAAUCCAUGCAUACUUAACCUUAUAAAACUUGUUUUUUCCUCUCACUUAGAGGCCAUCAAACUCCAAAUGGUCAGGCAACUGGAGCCUCGGACAAUGGCUCCCUUUUGCAAGGACCCUUAGAUAAACCUCUGGGAGGAAUCUGACUGCUGUUUUCUCCAAAACAGUGCCACCUGUCAGCAGAAAUUAGCUAAGAUUGGCCAUCGUCCAUAUUCUAAUGGCAGUUAUAUUUGCCUCUGCAGAGAGGGGAGAUGAUACGGCUAGGAGACAGAGAAAUACUGGGUAGAAGAGGGCAGUUCCCUGGCAAAGGUCCCACCUUCAAGUCUGGAAACCUCUGGCCCUAACUGAGAACAUGCAUUCCUGUUUUCACACACAAAAGUUGCCUUUUGGCUCUCCACGCACCCCUCUCCUGUACUGAUAUAAACCUCAGACCUCAGGUUCCAGAAGCAGAUGAAAAGGAGAUGAACAGAAGAGCAGAAGAAUGGCAUAAUGGUGUGGCAGAGAGAAGAGAAGGAGAGUCUGAACACCAAGAGGAGUUCGGCUGGGAGCGAUUGGAGAGGAGAUCAGCCACUGGACAGCUGAACUCCAGGAAGACCAUCUUCCCAUUCCAUCUCCUUUCCAGCUCCCCAUGCAUCCUAUCUCUGCCACUCAAUAAAACCCCCACAUUCACCAUC